UCAAAGUAGCAGUUCAGGUCUGGGAAUACCAACGCAUCAUCCGCUGCAGCAACAGAUGCGGAAUAAAGAUGCAGUCAGACACAGCCAUUGCAGGUAAAAAAUGAGUGCAAGCAGCAGCAGUACUCCGUAGUAAACUGAAGCUCGCUCCCUGCUCAACAUCAGAAAGGGAUGUUUGAACUACUUCCACAUUUCUCUACGCAUCCUUCAGAGUCCAGACAAGUCCAGAAGAAGAGUACGGUUCAGCAAAGAGCCACGUCGCUGCACUUGCCAGCUCUCUGGUUUCGAUCCACAGAAUCAGAAUUAUUGGCAGCAGGAUCCGAUCGAGCUGCUAGCUGCUCAUCGCCACAUAAUUCCAGCUCGAUCAACCAUAGCUAGUCCAUCGACCAUCAUCCAUGGAGUCUGCUGACCGCCUCAGCGCUCUCAAGGCCUUCGACGACACCAAGGCCGGCGUGAAAGGCCUGGUCGACGCCGGCGUCACCGCCAUCCCCUCCAUCUUCCACCACCCACCGGAAUCCCUUCUCCCGCCCUCCACCACCACCCGCAGCCCCGCCGCCGCCAUCCCAAUCAUCGACCUCGCCUCCGCCGCCUCACGAGCCGACCUGGUCUCCCAGGUGAAGCAAGCCGCGGAGACGGUGGGAUUCUUCCAGGUGCUCAACCACGGCGUCCCCGAAGCGGCCAUGGCGGCGAUGCUGGCCGGCGUCAAGCGCUUCAACGAGGAGCCCGCGGAGGCGAAGCGCGCCUACUACACGCGCGACUUCUCUCGGCGCGUGCGGUUCCAGAGCAACUUCGACCUGUUCCAGUCCCCGGCGGCCGGCUGGCGCGACACGCUCUUCUUCGAGAUGGCCCCCGCCCCGCCGCCGCCCGAGGAGAUCCCCCCGGCCUGCAGAGCCGCCGCGCUCGAGUACGCCGGAUGGGUUCGGACACUCGGCCGCGCCCUGUUCCGGCUGCUCUCAGAGGCUCUCGGCAGCGGCGGAGACCAUUAUCGGCGGCCCCUGGAGGAGGAUAUGGAGGGCAUGGGCGUGGCGAGCCACUACUACCCGCCGUGCCCGGAGCCGCACCUGACGCUGGGCACCACCAGGCACUCCGACCCCAGCUUCCUCACCGUGCUGCUCCAGGACGCCAUGGGCGGCCUCCAGGUGCUCCUCCAGGACGCCGCCUGGGUGGAGGUCCCCGCGGUGGCCGGGGCGCUGGUGGUCAACGUCGGCGACUACCUGCAGCUGGUGUCCAACGGCAGGUUCAGGAGCGUGGAGCACCGGGUGGUGGCCAACGGCGCCGGGCCGCGCGUCUCCGUGGCCUGCUUCUUCCGCCCCUACGGCGCCGCCGCGGCCACGACGGUGCUCCGGCCGAUCGUCUCCGGCGACGGCGAGGAGGCCAGGUACAGGAGCACCACGGUGGAGGAGCUCACUAGGCACUACUGGGCCAAGGGCCUCGACGGGACCUCCGCGCUCGACCACUUCAGGCUCUGAUGUCUCAAUUCAGCUCUAUUUGUACUACUUUGCAGUAGGAUCAUUCUCUAAGAAUGAUCAAGAUUGGCUGGUCAUCAGAGUUCCUUUCGGAUUUGCUACACAUUCUGAAAUCUGAAGACCGGCUAGCAUUGUCUUUUGUAUAAUCAGAUUUCAUGACGUGUAUAAUGAGGUGAGGUCGGUUUUCUCUUAGCGAUGCCA